UCUGGCUUUAGCAGUUUAGCUCCGGACAAAUAUAGUUUAGAGGAGAAAAAACCCACAUUCCGGAAGCUCUCUUCCGCCUUCCCUCUGCCUCCUAUCUGCUACAUUCAUCGUCCUCAUCCCUGCAUGUGAGAGCCUCAGGACUUUCGGGUGCCUCGGAAACAGAGUUCUCAGAGAUCCUUUGAUGCAAAGCCGACGAGAAUAACCAAAGUUCUCAUUAAAACGAAUCAUCCUGCCCCACCAAAAUUCUCCUCUUGCUCCAUCUUUAGAAGGAAAAGUAGCUCGAGUCUUGUGACAUAAUCCUCUCCCCCACUCUCUCUCUCUCUCUCUCUCUCUCUCAAUGUCUUUUUUCACCAACCGCUCUUGCUUCUGCGUAAAGGGUUAUCAUUUCUGAUUGCUGUCUGAGUGAGUGUGCUCGAUUGAGAGUGAGAGUGAGAGUGUGGAGAUAUAAUGGAGAAGAUUCAGACUGCUAGAAAAAGAACGGGAGCUAGGAAAGUUGUCGCGGGUUCUGUUUGGGAGAGCAGAAUGAGGAGCGAUGAGUUUAAAGGUGGGAUCAAGGUCUUCAAUGGGGAAGAGAAUACUGAAGAGGGUGGUGGGCGUAGACUUCAGGUUUACAAGAAGUUGAAUCGUACCCUGAGUGUUGGGGUGGAUGGGAAGAGGAAGAAGUGGAAAUCUGAAUCUGCAGGGGAAAUUGAGAGAAGCCCAUUGCAAAUGAGGAAGGUGAGAUCUCAGUCGAACAGAUUUCCGGCUGAGCUUAGCGUGUCUCUUGAUGGAAUUGAGAAGAGCACAAUUCAGGUAGAGAAGAGCCCAAUUCAGUUAAGGAAGACGAGAUCCGAGUCGAUUCGAUCUUCUGACGAGUCUUGUAAGGAGCUUGGAAUGCUGGCUGAUGGGAUUGAAAGAAGUCCAAUUCAGAUGAAGAAGAUUAGAUCUGAGUCCCCUAAGGUUCCUGAAGAGAAUUGCAAGGAGUUCGGUGUUUGCAAGGAGAAGACAAUUUCAACCAGUUUUAGCAAUGUGGGUGAGAUCGGAUCUCCUGAAAAACUAGGUUUGAACGGUGAUGGGGUUGAUGGUGAUGAAGAAAGUGAUUGGGACGAUGAGGAAGAUGUUGCAGAGAUUGGGAUUGAGAAGAAGAGCGUUGAUGUUAAGGAAAUUAGGAUGGAAGAACAGAAACCCCAAAGUGCUGUUAAUGAAGAGAAGAGGGUUGAUGAGGUUCAUGAAACCUCAAUUUCCACCUCUUCUAACAUCAAUGAACAGCCCACCCCAGUAGCAGACCAACCUCAACCUGUAAUUGUUGAUAUUCCCGUAAGACCUCAGAAGGUUGUGGAUGAAGAGGAGAAGAUUCAACUGACUGAUGAAACACCAAAGCCCCUCUCUCCAAUUGUGAAUAAACAGCCACCCCCUGCUCCAGGUCAACCUGUGAUUUCCCGAAGUCCUGUAAAACCCCAAAAGGUUGUGAAUGAAGAGAAGAAAAUUGCACAGGUCAAUGAAACUCCGAAACCCAUCUCUCCAGUUCUGAAUAAAAACCCAUCACCUGUUGCAGACCACUCUCUAAUUGCUCAUAAAUUUGCAAAACUGAAAAGAGCCAUGGAUGAAGAAAGCAAGCUUCAACAGGGCCAUGAUAAAUCGGCACCCAUCUCUCCAAAUGUGAAUAAGCAGCGACGCUCUGUUUUUGCUCGUCCUGUAAUUGAUCAAGAUCUUAGAAAAUCACCUCCAAUUUCAGAAGUAAAUGGUAAACCAGAAACCCAUGGAAAAUUACAAAGUAUUGUCGAUUUAGUCAUGUGGAGAGACGUAUCGAGAUCAGCAUUUGUGUUUGGAAUCGGGACAUUUUUCCUGCUUUCAUCCUCCUUCACUAAAGACCUUAAUUUCAGCUUAAUUUCUACAACGUCUUAUCUGGGUCUCAUCUAUCUUGCUUUAAUUUUUGUCUACAAAUCAAUUCUCUGCAGGGGAGCUAUAGAUAUAGAUGAUUCAAACCAGACACAUGUAGUGGGGGAAGAAGAGGCAAUUUGGUUAAUAAAAUUAAUUCUUCCUUACUUAAACGAGUUUCUGUUAAAGCUCAGAGGCUUGUUCUCUGGAGACCCUUCUACCACCAUGAAGUUGGCAAUUUUGCUGUUUGUUUUAGCCCGGUGUGGAAGCUCCAUUACCGUCUGGAAGAUGGCCAAAUUGGGUUUUUUUGGAGUUUUUACGCUUCCAAAAAUCUGUUCUUCUUAUUCCACCCAAUUAACGGGAUACGGCAAGUUUUGGAUUAGGCGCUUUCGGGAUGCCUGGAAUUCAUGCGCGCACAAGAAGGCCGUAGCGUUUGGCAUUUUUACCCUCGUGUGGAAUUUAUCAUCAAUAGUAGCACGCGUUUGGGCAGUAUUCAUGUUGGUGGUAGCCUUUAAAUACUAUCAGCAGUCUGUGAUAAUGGAAGAUUGGGGAGAGGAGGAGACGGGAGGAGAAGGAUCUAUUUCGAUGCAAGAAGAAAAGUGGGGACAAAAACAAGGGGGUGGGCCCACCAUAGUGGAAAUAGUAAAAGAGAAGAAGGCAUCCUAAGCGGAGAAAGAAGAGGACGAGAACAUGUAGCGCACCGCGCACGUUCUCUAUCAUCUAUGCAUGUGAUGUAAUUUUGUGACCCUUGAUCUUUCAUUUUCUUUCUUUUUUUUUUUUAUUUUUUUGUCCUUUUUUGUACAUAAUAUAACGACUGUGUCCCCACUCCACCUUCAUAAUACAAAAUGCCAGCUUGUUCUUUCA